AUGCGUGACUUUCUUUCACAAGGAAGAUCUCUUCCAUCUUGUUUUCAGGGACUAUACAUCGAAUGUGUUGUCACUGACUUCAGAGUCCCCAUAGACAACGCUGCUCGGUUCCCAUUGACUGGGGUUUUCAGUAAACACUUCGAUAGCCCAUUCAUUCAGCCAGGAGACUGUUUAUCAAGCGAGCAUUGCCUUCGAAGGAGAUUCCUACUACACAUAGGGUCACCGCCAUCGUCAAAAGAAUAG